AAAAGUAGACAAAAAUGAAUGGCCUCUUGUGGAUGCAAAGGGUUUGAAUUUAUUGGAUAUAACGAUCAAUCUAAGUAGUGAAAAAUGACCAUUUAGCUCACCGCACAUUUAUUGAAAAAUAGGACUUAGUUUCUUCUUCUUGUUCUUGUAAGUUCUUUGCACUACUAUCCUGAAAGUAUGCGUUGUUUGUAAUGCAGGUCUUGAAAAUAAAUUUAUUUUCUGUUAUUUAUUCUUUUUUCCAUUAACCAGACUAGACGGACUGAAUUUCAAAGUCUAGGACUAUCUGGUUCCUUCACAAAAAUUGCAAAAACAGAAGGGGUGCUGGGUUUUUAUAGCAUUUGAUGGGGGUUGUUAUUAGAGGGAAUGGAGCUAGCGUUGCACGUAUAGUGCCUUAUGCAGCAUUGCACUACAUGGCUUAUGAAGAAUACCGGCGAUGGAUCAUACUUGGCUUUCCUGGCACUGGGAGAGGUCCUGUCCUUGAUCUCAUGGCUGGAUCAUUUGCUGGAGGAACAGCAGUACUUUUCACUUAUCCACUCGAUUUAGUUCGGACUAAAUUGGCUUAUCAGGCAAGCAAUGAGAUGACAAUGUCACUUCCACUUUCUGAAAAUUGUCUCUCUCUCUCUCUCUNUCAAGAGAAGUGCUUUGAUAUAUUUAUGGUAUUCAGGGCCAUUGAGAGGCCUUUAGUUCCUCACAAUUUGAUCUUUCUCUUCAGCACAACUUUAGCCUCGAAGGUUAAAUAAUGAAUACCUGAUAUACUCUGCAA